AUGUGGAAGAACAGACAGGUUCAGCUGUGCCUUUUUUCAGUUCUUCUUGCCUUGCUGACUUUUGCUUCCUCACUCAAUGGAGACUCGAAGUAUAUGGUGCUGGUCCCUUCUCAGCUCUACACUGACACCCCUGAGAAAAUCUGCCUCCAUCUAUACCAUCUGAAUGAAAGUGUGACCGUCACAAUUUCCUUGGUAUCUCAGUGGGGAAGGAGAAAGCUGUUCGAUGAGCUUGUGGUUGACAAGGACUUGUUCCAAUGUGUUUCCUUCAUCAUCCAUAGAUUCUCCUCUUCUGAUGAGGAGGAGUUUCUCUACAUUGACAUCAAAGGGCCAACACAUACGUUCAGCGAAAGAAAUACAGUCAUUGUGAAGAACAAAGAUAAUGUUGUCUUUGUCCAAACAGAUAAGCCUGUGUACAAGCCAGGACAAUCAGUUAAUUUUCGGAUUGUCUCAAUGGAUAGAAAUCUACACCCCCUGAAUGAGUUGGUGAGUCUUUCACCUCUGGAAGUGAACAUCACUGAGCUCCAGUCAAAGAAAAGAGAUCACAGGGUCCAACUUUUUCAUGUGACUGCAACUGUUACAGAAGAAGGGACAGGAUUGGAGUUCAGUGGAUCUGGAACAACUAAAAUUGAAAGAACCACAAACAAGCUCGUAUUUCUGAAGGCAGAUUCACACUUCAGACACGGGAUUCCGUUCUUUGUGAAAGUCCGCCUAGUGGAUAUCAAGGGAGCUCCUAUCCCAAAUGAGCAGGUCUUCAUCAAAGCAGAAGAAACUAGCUACACCAAUGGUACUACCACUGAUCAGCAUGGCGUGGCAAAGUUCUCCAUAGAUACUGCCAGCAUCUCAGGCUAUUCCCUCCACAUCAAAGUCUACCACAAGGAAGAAAAUUCAUGUUCCCAUUCCUUUUGUAUGGAGGAAACACAUGCAGAGGCAAACCAUGUGGCCUAUGCUGUUUACUCCCUCAGCAAGAGCUAUAUCUACUUUGAGACUGAGACGAGCAGCAUCUUACACUGCAACCAGAUUCACACAAUUCAGGCACAUUUUAUUCUGAAGGGGAAGGUCUUGGGAGUACAGAGAGAGCUCGUUUUCUACUACCUGGUCAUGGCCCAACGCAGCAUCAUCCAGACUGGAAACCAUACUCACCUCGUGGAGCCAGGAGAAUCUGACAAAUACAGGCAAUACAUUUUAAAAUGCAAGGGUUAUUUAAAAGGGGCGGUGGAGUUCCCCUGCUCCCUGCACCCUGUCCUCUCCAUGUACUGGGUGACCAUAUACAAUUUGCCAAGUAUGCAGUGCAACAACGUCAUUCCAAGUUCCCAGGGAUCUGAAGACCACGGCAGUUGUACUGUAUUAUACAGAUCAUGGAUCACUGAUGAGCACACAUACUCAGUACCAUACGGGAGAGAGAAGGACUUCAACAGAUAUGUGGGGGAGAUGGGCUUAAUAGCAUUCACAAACUUGAAGAUCAAACAUCCGGUAAUUUGCUAUUUAUAUGAAACGGUUCGACUGUCAGAGGAUGCUUGGGAAUUUGAUGAUACUGGAACGGUAGCAAUUAAAAGUACGACACUUGAAGAGCCACCACGUAAAAAUCUACCACAUAAAGAUCCACUUACUGAGACCAUAAGAAAAUAUUUUCCUGAAACUUGGAUCUGGGAUAUAGUCACAGUAAACUCAUCAGGGGUGGCUGAAAUGGAAAUGACAGUCCCUGACACCAUCACUGAAUGGAAGGCUGGAGCCCUCUGCCUGUCCAAUGACACUGGCCUUGGCCUCUCCUCUGUGGUGCCUCUCCAAGCUUUCCAGCCCUUCUUUGUGGAGCUCACAUUGCCCUACUCUGUGAUCCGUGGAGAAGCCUUCAUACUCAAAGCCACUGUGCUGAACUACCUUCCUACAAGCAUGCAGAUGGGAGUGCAGAUGGAAGCCUCUCCUGAUUUCACAGCUGUCCCAGUGGGGAACAACCAAGAUUCUUACUGCCUCCAUGCCAAUGGGAGGCACACCUCAUCCUGGUUGGUAACUCCCAAAUCUUUAGGGAAUGUGAAUUUCUCUGUGUCUGCGGAAGCACAACAGUCCUCAGAGCCCUGUGGAUCUGAGGUGGCCACAGUUCCUGAAAUGGGGAGAAGGGACACAGUAGUCAAAGUCCUGAGAGUUGAGCCUGAAGGAAUCAAGAAAGAGCAUACCUUCAGCUCACUGUUCUGCACAUCAGGUGAGAACCUUUCAAAACAGCUCACAGCCUUUGUGCUCAAGUCUUUUGCCCAAGCUCGAGCCUUCAUCUUCAUCGAUGAAUCACACAUCACUCACGCCUUCACCUGGCUCUCCCAGCAGCAGAAGGACAAUGGCUGCUUCCGGAGCUCUGGAUCAUUGUUCAACAACGCCAUGAAGGGGGGAGUAGAUGAUGAAGUAACCCUCUCUGCCUACAUAACCAUGGCCCUUCUGGAAAGUUCAUUCCCAGCCACGCACCCUGUUGUCUCCAAAGCCCUGAGCUGCCUAGAGUCGUCCUGGAAGACCAUAGAGCAAGGAGGAAAUGGCAGCUUUGUGUACACCAAGGCACUGAUGGCCUAUGCUUUCGCUCUGGCGGGGAACCAGGAUAGGAGAAAUGAAAUCCUGAAGUCACUUGAUGAGGAAGCUAUAAAAGAAGACAACUCCAUCCAUUGGGAAAGGCCUCAGAAACCCAGGAAAUCUGAGGAUCAUUUGUACAAACCUCAGGCUUCUUCUGCUGAAGUAGAGAUGAAUGCCUAUGUGGUCCUGGCUCGCCUCACUGCCCAGCCAGCCCCAACCCCUGAGGACCUGACUUUGUCAAGGAGCACCAUCAAGUGGCUAACAAAGCAGCAGAAUUCCAAUGGCGGCUUCUCCUCCACACAGGACACUGUGGUGGCCCUCGAUGCUCUGUCCAAAUAUGGAGCAAUUACUUUUUCCAGAAGCCAGAAAUCUCCUUUGGUGACCAUCCAGUCUUCAAGGUCAUUUUCCCAAAAGUUCCAAGUAGAGAACAGUAAUCGCUUGUUACUGCAGCAAGUCCAAUUACCAGACAUUCCUGGGGAGUAUACCAUCAGUAUGUCGGGGGAAGGAUGUGUCUAUGCUCAGACUACACUGAGAUACAACAUUCACUUGGAGAAGCAGCAGUCUGCAUUUGCUCUGCAGGUACAGACAGUACCUCUAACUUGUGAUAACCCCAAUGGCCACAACAGCUUCCAGAUCUCACUAGAAAUCAGUUACACAGGGACCCGUUCAGCCUCCAACAUGGUGAUUGUUGAUGUGAAGAUGGUAUCUGGUUUCAUCCCAUUGAAACCAACAGUGAAAAAGCUUGAAAGAUUAGAGCACAUGAGCAGAACAGAAGUGAGCAACAACAAUGUCUUAUUAUAUUUGGAUCAGGUGACCAAUCAGACACUGGCCUUCUCCUUCAUCAUUCAACAAGACAUCCCAGUAAGGAACCUGCAGCCUGCCAUCGUGAAAGUCUAUGACUACUAUGAGACAGAAGAAGCUGAAACCUCUCUGCCCCUGCCCCCCAAGUACAGUAAGGAUUCAAGUUUUACAAUGGAUUUUUGCUUUUGUUAG